UGGAAAAAAAUUAAAAUAUACGAACACAAAUUCCCGCAUAAGCUCGCAUAACUUAGGAAAUCUGAAGCAAAAUUCGACACCAAAAACACCUCAUUUACGGCGCCACGUUAUCGACCGGAUCGCGGCAAUUCCAGUUAAGAGGGAGAUCCUGAUGGUGAUUGAGUUUUGGCUUUGAUUUCCGAAGUCGUCAGAGUGGGAGCAAAAACGGAGCUAAUAGGAUGGACAAGAGCAAGAAUCGUAUUGAUAUGUUAGCAGCCGGACGUCAAAAGCUUCAACAAUUUCGCCAGAGGAAGGAUGGUAAAGGAAGUAGCAGUCGAGGAAAGUCUUCCAACAAAUCUGAUGCUGAUGCAGCAUCUUCUGUUUCCAAACCAACAGUCCCGCCACAGUUCUCUGAAGGGGAAACUACUGCCGUUGACUUGGCUGUGUCACAGUCGUCGGAGAGUUUACUGCCAUCUGGGCUUGAUCCUACUGCAGUAGUUUCAUCACCAGAGCCUAUUGUAUCUGUUGCAGGAAAUGUUGAAACUGUAGUACCCCAUAAUGCUGGAGUACCCACUGAGUUUGUUGCCCUUGGUGAAUAUGAUGUUGAUUCUUCAGCCUCUAAUGGAGGGGAAAGUACUCCGUGUGUUAAUAGUACGAUUAGCACAGAAAUACCUUCCUCAACUGCAGAUAAAUCUGUUUCUGAAGGGGGAAGAAAACAUGAUGUUCUGCCACAUCCAUCUACUUCAGUUGUUGCCAUAGAAGGGACAGUCGUUAAACUAAAUUUGGUUGAUGCCAACAAGGAAAUAGGACACAAUCCACUGCUUUCACAAGAUUUUCCUGAUACGUCCUUAUCUCAAGCAAAGGGAAGAUCAGGUACAGAUGUAGGGGAAAUGCAGGAAGCUGAUGGUUUGGGGUUGAACCAAUUUGAUAGAAGUGGUGAAAGAACGUCUGAAGUUGGUGGUGAAAGAACGUCUGAAGUUGAUGGUGAACUUCCUUUGUCUGAGCAUGUUGACUAUGCUAAACCUCUUGAAGGGGCGACUUCAGAAGUAACCAGUGUGGAGCUGCAAUCCAGUGAGGCAGAGCAGUCUGUCAGUAGAGAUGAUGCAUCUCUAUCUACUGCGGCAGCCAGCAGUUCCCAGGCAGAUGAAAGUUUGGCUGCUAAUUAUCAGUUGACAAAUAAACAUGCUGAAGAAGUAAUAUCUUGUUCACUUGAUGAAGAAGAACAAGAAAUGUGCUCUCCAUCAGGUGAUGGCAAGACUUCAGAAGAAAAACAGCAACAUUUACCUAAGGGGUCCUUUGUGUCUCAGGAUGGAAGUCAUGAAAGUUCUCAUCUGACAAAACAGGCAAGUUUAUCAGAUCCGACUCUGUCUCUUCUCAGAGAUGGUUCUCCAGUGGGACUCUCUCAGCUGGUAGAGGUGAUAAGAAGUCUAGAUGAAGAUGAAUAUAGGCAUCUGCUAAACUUGCAAGUAUUGGUUUCUACUGCAGAUGUUGGGCCUGAUAGUUUAGCACCAUCUUACCAUCUGGAUUUAUUUGAGAAAGUGAAAGAGGAAUUAUAUCUCACAACUUAUACAAAAGAUAUAUUGUACAUGCAGCUUGCUGAGCAGUCUGAUCUUCGUAUGGAAUCUGAUCAGCGUUGUCUGCAGCUUAUUGAUGAGAUAUCUGUGCUUCGAUCUUCCAUCAACGAGGUUCUUGAGAGGAAUGCAUGCCUUGUAGAAGAGCUAGCAGAAUGCAGGUCUGAACUUCAGGCUUUACAAGUUGAGAAGUCCAACUUGAAUGGGAACCUUGCUUUAGUUACAGAGGAGAGAAAGAAGCUUGAGGAGGACAAGGAGUAUUUUGUCCACGAGAACAAGAGACUUGCUUCUGAGCUGCUUGUUCUUCAAGAGCAGUUAGCUACAGAACAUGGGCAACACAUUCAACUUGAGGCUGAGCUAAAAGAAGUAACAGUACGCCUGGAGAAACUAAUGGAGGAAAAUAGUUUACUCAAUACUAGUCUAGAUGCAUACAAGGCCAGGAUAGCAGAAAUUGAUAGUAGGGAAACCCACAAUGUUGAAGCUGGAUUAAAGUAAAAUUUGGAAGUGGGUAGCGGGGUUAAUGAAAAUGCUACUGAAAAUGAGCAUUCCUGUCAGAUCCCUUGGAGGCGAGAUCCUGAAUUAUCCACUGUGGUAGCCUUACCUAUUGAUGUUGGCGGGCUGUCACUUGAGCUGCUUGAGCAGGAAAUCUUUGAUGAUUGUUCUGGUUUUCUAGUCUUGAAGGAACACUUGAAGGAGGCUGAAAGAAUAUUUCAAAACCUUGGAAAGGCAAUUGAACAGAUGCACACCCACUCAGUGUCAUUACAGCAGUCUAGCAGUAAACUAGGUGUGCCUGGAAUAUCGAAACUAAUUCAAGCCUUCGAGUCAAAGAUGCCUCAUGAUGAAGCUGAAGUUGAGGAAAGAGGCUUGACUGAAUGCCAACCGGCGGGGGACCUGUUUAUUUCAACUAAAGAGAUGACAGAAGAUCUGAGAGCAGUGCUUAAGCUUUUGGUUCAGGAUGCUGAUAAUGCCAGUUCCUUAUACAGAGGAGAGAGGGAUCGUAGAAAAUCUGUUAAUUGGACAUUUGGGGAGCUCAUGGUUCUACAUGAAGCUUUGAAGGAAUACAGUGAAAAUCUUGAAGCAAGCAACUUUGAGCUGGAGGUUCUAUAUGAAGCUAGUAAGCAGCAUGCAAUUUUAAUUGAAGCUAACAACAAUGAACUUGAGCUUCUUUAUGAAGCUCUAAAGAAGCAAGAAAGUGGCUGUAGUUCAGAAAAUGCUGAGCUUUCUCAGAAAUUGAGUGAGUAUCAGUUGAGACUUACAGAAAUGCAGGGUCACUUUUCUGAUCUACAGAAAAGGUCAGAUGAAAUGGCUUCUGUGAAUCAACAGUUAGAACGUUCACAGAAGGAAGCCGCUGAGAGGGCAUUGACACUUGAACUAGAAUGGAAAUCUAAGGUUACUCAGAUUGUUGAAACAGUCAGGAGGCUUGAUGAGUAUGUUGGGAGGGUUUCCAACUCCAGCUUCUCAAAUAACAGCAAUGAUAUUUUAGAUACAAGUAGCCAGGUUCUAACAUCUGUUAAUUCUGCCAUUAAGUCAAUCCAAGAUCUGCAGGAGAAACUACAAGUUGCUUGUGCAGGUCAUGAUGCGAUAUCUAGUUCACACAAAGAAGUGAAUGAGAAGUAUAAUGAUUUGCUCAGGACGAACGAAUUUCUGACACGGAUGCUACAGGAGAUAUACAAUGGACUAAAGAAACUUGUGAUUGAUUCAUGUGCAUUGGAUGAGGCUGAGAUAAACCCACAAGUUGAGGAGCUUCCUGAUCUCUUACAUUACAGUAAGUAUACAAUCUUCAUUGAACAACUGGAGAAUGUUUUGGGUGAAAGGCUACAUCUCCAGUCUGUUAAUGAGCAGCUUAAUUCAGAAUUGAUGAAUAGAACAAGAGACAUUGAGGAAAUGAGCAGAGAAUGCCUUGAUUCAAAUGCUAUUCAAAAGCUUAUAGACCAUGUUGGGAAUGUUGUAGAACUGGAAGAAUAUGAAACAGAAUCAGAUAAAGCAGCUUCUUCCUGCCUUGAAUUGUUGGUUUAUUUGCUUGUUAAGAAAUACAAAGAACUUGUUAAGCAGGCGAGUGAUUGCAAAAAGGAGUCUGAAUCUAAGGUGAUUGAAUUGACAGAAUUGGAGGAAAAGAUACAUCAGUUAGAUGCAUUCAGGCUUCAGCAGGAACUGGAAAUCCUCACUCUGAAAGAAAGUCCUCAGGACAAGGAAGUCCUUGUGACUGCACAUUCUGAGUUACAGCAGAAAAUAAGUGAACUUGAACAGUCAGAACAGCGAGUGUCUUCUGUUAGAAAGCUUAGCAUAGCUGUGGCAAAGGGAAAAGGUUUGGUUGUUCAGCGUGAUGGUCUUAAGCAGUCACUUGCAGAGACAUCUGCUGAACUAGAGAGAUACUCUCAGGAAUUACAAGCAAAAGAUGCCUGGAUUCAGGAAUUAGAAAUAAAACUGCAGACUUACUCAGAGGCAGGUGAGCGUGUGGAUGCUCUGGAAUCUGAACUUUCAUACAUUCGCAAUUCAGCUACUGCAUUAAGAGAAUCGUUUCUUCUCAAAGACUCCGUACUGCAGAGAAUUGAAGAGAUUUUAGAAGAACUGGAUCUGCCUGAGCAUUUUCAUUCUAGAGAUAUUAUUGAAAAGGUUGAUUGGCUAGCCAGGUCCACCACCGGUAAUUCUUUGCCUCCUACUGAUUGGGAUCAACAAAGUUCAAUUGGAGGUUUACACUCUGAUGCAGGUGUUGUUUCCGUGGAUACCUGGAAAGAAGAUGCACAACAAGGCUCAACAUUAGGGGAGGACUUGAGAAGAAAAUGUGAGGACCUUCAGAGCAAAUUUUAUGGGUUGGCAGAACAAAAUGAAAUGCUGGAACAGUCCUUAAUGGAGAGGAAUCACUUGGUGCAAAAAUGGGAGGAACUUUUGGAUGGAAUCUAUAUGCCUUCACAUUUGCGGUCCAUGGAACCUGAAGAAAAGAUUAAGUGGUUAGGAGGGGCACUUUCAGAAGCUAAUCAUGAAAAAAAUUCUUUGCAGAAGAAGAUUGAUAAUCUGGAAAAUUAUUGUGGGUCACUAGCUGCUGAUUUGGAAGAGUCAGAAAAGAGAGUAUCUAGUCUUGAGGCUGACCUUCAAUCAGUUAUUCUGGAGAGGGACGCUCUUUCAGAUGCUAAUCAUGAAAGAAAUUCUUUGCAGAAGAAGAUUGAUAAUCUUGAAAAUUAUUGUGGGUCACUAGCUACUGAUUUAGAAGAAUCAGUAAAGAGAGUAUCUAGUCUUGAGGCAGACCUUCAAUCAGUUAUGCUUGAGAGGGAUCAGCUUUCUGAAAGAUUGGAGACUACAACUUCUAACCAUCAUAAACUUUUGGUAAAGGCAACUCAUUUUGAAGUUGAGAAUGAAAAACUUCAGAUUAGAGUUACAAGUUUGCAAGAAGAAUUGGUUAAGAGGAUUGAGGAGGAGGAACAUCUUCUUGAGAUGGAUGGUGAGAUAAGGAGAUUGCAGCACUUAGUUUCUGAUGUAUUACAGGACGCCGAUGCUGAAGAUUUGGUUUCAGGUGGCAGUAGUACUGCAUGCUUGGAAGGAUUAUUGAAGAAGCUUAUAGAGAAUUACACUAAUCUCAAGUCUGUGAAUCCUGAACUUGUGGAGACCAAGUCAGGUGAUGCAACCCUUGAUGAAGCUCAAAGCAGAGACAUACUGAAUACUGAAAAGGAUGUAGCUUCUUUAAAGAAAGAGCCGGAGGCAAUGCUGCAUGAAUUGAUGCAAGUGAAGGAGGAAAGAGAUGAAAUCUUUGGAAAGCAUCAAUCUUUGGUUCAUGAAGUUCAAGCACUUGAAAGGAAAAGGGAGGAGUUGAUUGAGCUCAUUAAUCAAGAAGAACAGAAGUCAGCUUCUCUAAGAGAAAAGUUAAAUGUUGCCGUUAGAAAAGGGAAAUCUUUGGUGCAGCAGCGGGAUAGUCUGAAAAAAACUAUUGAAGAGAUGAAUGCCGAGCUGGAACGCAUGAAAUCUGAGCUCAGCCACCGGGAAAAUGCUCUGGCUGAUUAUGAAUUGAAGAUGAGGGACUUCUCUGUUUACCCUGAAAGAAUAAAAGCCUUAGAAGCAGAUAGUUUGUACCUGAGGAAUCAUCUGUCAGAAACUGAGCAUAUGUUGGAGGAGAAAGGGCAUAAUUUGAGCAGGAUAUCAAAUGCAAUAGCUGACAUUAAUGCUGGUGGUGAAAUUAAUAUCUUUGAUCCAGUAGAGAAGUUGGGACAAAUUGAGAAAAUCUGCCAUGAUUUGCGUGCAGCUGCAGCUUCUUCCGAACAAGAGUCACAGAAGUCAAAGAGAGCUGCUGAGCUACUGCUUGCAGAGUUGAAUGAAGUGCAAGAGAGAAACGACACUCUUCAGGAAGAUGUAGCAAAACUUGCCAGCGAGCUUACAGAAGUCAUUAAAGAAAAGGAUGUGGCAGAGGCUGCAAAAGCUGAAAUUUUCUCACAUCUUGAAAAGUUAUCUACAAAUCACUCUGAAGAAAGAAAGAAACAAUAUUCUGAAUUAAUGAUGUUUCAAUCUAGUAUAAACGCUCUGAGGAAGGGUGUCAAUGAUAUUCAUAACCUAUUGUCUAAUGUUUUCUCAAAGGACUUGGAAUUUCUGCAAAUUUUGAAGGUUAACAUUAAAUUAUUCUUUGAAGGGGGUGAUGCCCAAGAUGUGUCUGGCUCGGCAUAUAGUACACCCAGUAAUUUAGAGGACAAGGAGAACAUUCAAUUUGUGGAUACUUGGCCGGCUGUCAAUAUGCAGGACCCUUUGGAUGACAAUGCAAUAGUUGAAGUUUGUGGUUUAAUCUGGCAUCACCUGCAAGAUUUGAGAACUGAAAUUACUGCACUGAAAGAAAAGUGGAUUGUGCAGUCAAAAUCAUUACAAGAAAAAGGUCAAGAGAUAUGGAAUGUACUGCGGAUCUUGUAUAGAGAUCGAAAUUCUAUGACACAAUCAUUUGAAGCUAUGAAGAGAAACAUUAUGCAUAUAGAAUCAGUUGGGAAAGAGAAAGACAUGGAGAUUGUUGUGUUGAAAAGAAACAUUGCCUUGCUUUAUGACUCGUGUUCUAAUUCCGUCUUGGAGAUUGAAAAUCAAAAUGCCGAGCUGUUAGGAAAUAAUUUAUCUGCUGCAGAUCUGGUGACUAACACGAAGCCUAAGCCUCUAAUAUCAGCUGGAGUACUUUCUUUCAGUGCACAAAAUGGCAUUGCCUCUGAAGAAAAUAUCAAGACUAUGGCAGAUAAACUUUCUUCAACAGUGAAAUAUUUUUUGAAUAUGAAAGCAGAAAUUACUGAAGGAAGCCAAAGGGAAAUGAAAAUAACCAUAGCAAAUUUGCAGAAAGAGCUUCAGGAAAAGGAUAUCCAGAAAGAUAAGAUAUGCAUGGAGCUUGUUGAUCAAAUUAAGUUAGCUGAAGCAUCUGCCGCGAAUUACUCACGAGAUAUUCAAUCCUCAAAAACCCUUGUGUAUGAUUUGGAGAGAGAACUGCAGCAGGGAGUAAAAGAACUGCAUGAUGUGCAAGCCAACACAGUGGAAUUGCAGGAUAGAAUCAAAUCACUGACAGAUGUAUUAUCAUCGAAAGACCAAGAAAUUGAAGCCCUUAUGCAAGCACUUGAUGAGGAGGAGGUCCAAAUGGAAGAGUUGACGAAGAAGAUUGAGGAACUGGAAAAGGUACUGCAACAGAAGAACACUGAUUUACAGAACCUUGAAGCUUCUCACGGAAAGGUUGUGAAAAAGCUUUCCAUCACGGUGAGCAAGUUUGACGAGCUUCGUGCUCUAUCAGAAAGUCUUAUUACCCAGGUUGAACAGCUGCAAUCACAACUACAAGAUCGGGAUUCUGAGAUUUCCUUCUUAAGACAAGAGGUCACAAGAUGCACCAAUGAUGUUCUUGCUGCAUUACAAAUAGGCAAUAAAAAAGACUCAGAUGAGAUAAAUGAGUUUCUGAUUUGGUUUGAAUCGAUCAUUGCUCAGGCUGGUUUACCUGAUCCUCAUUUUGAUACAAAGAAUAGUCAGGUGCCUGAAUACAAGGAAAUAAUACAUAAAAGGAUUAGCUCUAUGAUAUCUGAACUGGAGGACCUUCGGGGCGUUGCUAAAAAUAGGGAUGAAUUGUUGCAAGCACAAAGGGUUAAAGUGGAGGAGUUGACACGCAAAGAAGAAACUCUCAAGAAGACUUUGCAUGAGAAGGAAUCCCAGUUAAAUUUGCUUGCAGGUGCGGGAGAUGUGGGUCAGGCAGCUAGUUUGAACUCUGAAAUCUUGGAGGUUGAACCUGUGAUAAACAAGAGGUCAAUAGCAGGGACCUCUACAUCAUCCCAAGUUCGUAGUUUGCACAAAGUCAAUACUGAUCAAAUUGCUAUUCCUAUAUACACGGAUGAUGGUGAUAAUAGUAGGAUAGAAGACGAAGAAGAAGAUAAAGUUCAUGGUUUCAAAUCACUUACCACAUCAAGGGUUGUUCCAAGUUUUACAAGACCGAUAACCGAUAUGAUAGAUGGCUUAUGGGUUUCUUGUGAUCGGGCGCUCAUGCGACAACCGGCCUUACGGCUUGGCAUUAUGAUCUAUUGGGCUGUAUUGCAUACAUUGUUGGCAGCUUUUGUAUUUUGACAAGUCAAUGUGGUUAUUUAUUUUAUGGUCUUGCUUUUGUGCAGGUUAGCAGUUGAUUUUGUGAAAAAAGUUUAGCUAGGAGAGCCAGCCAUGAUUUUGCCUUGAAAUGCUUACUUGGCUCCAAUAUCAAUUUUCCGGAAUUUCUGAACAUGAUUCAUUGAUUCAUUUUAGCUCAACCAGGCAACUGUGAUUUGCAGUUUUUAUUUGCAUGCACUUCUCAGGUAACUUGGUUAUGUCCAAUAAG